AUGGCCGCGCUGAACAUCGGCACGCUCGCCGCGGAGGUCGCGACGAAGUCCGCCUCCGCGGGCGGGCCGUCCCAGCGCGGGAUCGGGUCGAAGCGCCAGCGCGCGCCGAAGGAAGACCCCGGGCCCGUCCGCCGCUCGCUCAGAGGGCAGAAGGCGGAGCCCGACGCAACGUACGCGGGCGGCGUGGACUACGAGCGGCGGGACGGGACGGUCAUCCUCACGAACGGCACGUUCACCGGCGCGGGCGUCUCCUCGGAGGGCGCGCUUUUCGACCCCGGGCCGUCGCGCCCGACCGGGGACGUGCCCCUCGAGUCCGUCAACGCGAACGAGAGAGCGGACGAGGCGUUCAUCGCGUUCCUUCGCGACGCGAUGGCGACGCCGAUGAAGGACGCUGAGAAGGUGGCGGAGGGGACGCGCCUCACCGCGAGCGCCUUCGCCGAAUCGGUCUCGAAGACGCGACCGCGAAACGUCGCGCUCGCGCCGACGUCCGCGUCCGGCAUCGUGAAAAGCGACCUCAAGCUCGCGGACGAGGGCGUCGCGAAGGUGACCCCGCGCGGGGUCACGCACCUGGACAUGGCACCGUACGACGCGAGCGGACCGGUCGUCGUCGCCGCCGGCGACAAGGACGGAAACGUCGGGAUCUGGCGCGUCGACGGCGCGUCCUCCUCGUCCGCGGGCGACGACGACGCGGACGGCAGCGAGGACGGCGUGAUGUAUUACCGCCCGCACGGGUCGUACAUCUGCCACCUGAAAUGGGGCAGAGGCGGCCUCGGCGGGAAGCUCCUGACGUGCGCAUACGACGGCGCCGUCAGAGCGUUGGACGCGGAGAAGGGCGUCUUCACGGAGCUGUUCGUCUCCGAGGAGGACGACGAGUUCAGCGCGUGCGAUUUCAGCGCGGACGGCCGCGCGAUGCACCUGAGCGAUAACCGAGGUAACUACUACGUCGUCGACGCGCGCACGGGAAAGAUGACCUCCCCGGCGGUGAUGCUCCACGAGAAAAAGAUCAACACGGUGCACCUCGAGCCCGGCGCGGAGAGGCUCUUCGCAACGUCGUGCGGGGACCAGACCGUGCAAGUGUGGGACGUGCGGAAGACCGGGAAGGGGUGCAAGCCCGUGUCGCGCCUGCAACACACCAAGUCGUGCCAGGCGGCGUACUUCGCCCCGGACGGGAGCGGGAACUUGCUCACGACGUGCUACGACGACCUCUUGCGGAUUUGGCGCCCGAAGGCGUCCCCGGGCGGCGGCUCGACCGCGAUGAACGACGACCCGAAGUCCGCGACGAAGAUCCGGCACAACAACCAGACCGGGCGGUGGGUGCUGCCGUUCCGCGCGGUGUGGACGCCCGGGUCGGACGGCGUCGUCGUCGGGUCCAUGAAGCGCGAGGUGGAGCUCUUUGACGCGCAGCAAGGGUCGCUCACGAAGAAAUUUUCCGACCCGGAGCGGAUGACCGCGAUCGCGUCGCGGUUCGCGGUGCACCCGACGCUGAAUAUCAUCGCCGCGGGGACUGCGAGCGGGCGGAUUCACGUGUUUCGCCGGUGAUCGGCGAUUGGGGGCUGGGGAGGGGGGAUGGACAUUUAUUUGUUUCGCCGCAAACUCGCGCGCUUGUGAAAAGAAAAAAUAAGAAUUUGCUCG